CAUAAGAAGUCCCGUUUGCAGUUUGCCACAAGCCAUGUGGGGGACACAGCAAACAUGUGGAAGAAGGUGCUCUGCACUGAUAAAAGCUAUUUUGGAGAGAGGUAUAUAUAAUCUAUGCAAAUCAUAUAAGAUUUACUCUAUUAUUGCACUCAGCCAAGGAAUUAUACAGUAAUGGGUUAAUUAUACCCUUUUCUUAAGAGUAACAACAUUAUAUUAAAAAAUGCAGUAAAAUAUACCCCCAAACCGUGAGUCUUAUGUUCCUAAUUGCGCAUGCGCCAGACCGCGCUUUUUGACUGAGCGGGACAGCAAGCAAAUUCUGGGUCCUUUCUUCAGCUUCCAUCAAACCACAGAAGUGAAGGUAAGCUAUUUACAUAGGGUGAAUAAUAUAUAAUAGCACAUGCAAAUGGUAAUUUUUGAAGUAAUGAGCUAUUACACUUUACUUGUAUUGCUUAGGUCUGUGUAAUGCACCAUUACUUGAAAUGAAACUUUGAAUCUGUUGCUGUCUGUUAACCGUCUAGACAACUGUCGGUAAGUUGCAAUGAAAUGUGUUCGUGGUGCUUUUAUCAGUCAGCAUGCAUGACCAGUCCCGGACUGGUGAUCAGAACACUGAGGUCGUGUCCAAAUUCAUGGGCUGAAUCCUCCUGAGGGCCCGGCCUUCGCGAGCUAUGUGGCCGGGUCCUCAGAAGGUCGGGUAGGCCGGAUGUAAACCUACGUUUAACCUGAGUAGCGAUAGACAGCGGUGAUCUGAAAAUGAUGUGCCGGGAGUUGUGCCGUUCUCGGCGGCUCUAGUGACCCUCAAGCUCUCGGCUAGCUAACGAGCUUGUGGGUAACAGACGUCUCCGAAAAUGUCGAAGCACUUGUGCAAAUAUGCGAUAUUUUGAUAAACCGAGCAGAUAUUUGAAGUUUACACACCCACAUUCUCGCCUGAAAAUAUGUUAAAAGUUUAUUAUGUGACCCAGAAAGAAUAAUAAGAGUAAUUUUAAAACUUAGUAGCGGCCGCCAUUGCCGGAAACUGGAGUUUGGCUGGGCGGCGCUAUAAAUUCUGGGAUAUGGUGGGCCACGAAGGACACACCCGACCCAUCCUUCAAAUUCGGGGAAAAUGAGGAUGCAUCGGUCGGCCGCAUUCGGAGGAGUCCACGAAUUUGGACAGCCUUCGGCGCGUCGCUGUGACGUAAUCGGUCUACAAAUGCGUCCCCGGGAGGAUGCAGCCCAUGAAUUUGGACACUCCCAAUAAUUAUAAUCGCGGUCUUUGCAAACUACUUUUCUGCCUUGAUGGAAAAGAAAAUGGACGUCAGACGAUUUUUUUUUUAUUUAUUUUUUUUGAGAAAUGAGUGCGGCAAUCCUUAAGUUGUGGUGGCUCUGCUUCUGGGUCAACACAUAAAACAGGUAAACAAACUUAAAUCCUGCAUGUCUUUGAGAUUCUAUGAACACUGGGCAGAUCAUUCCCAACAGUCGUGUUUUAAAACUCUUAAAAAACAGCUGUUGCAUCCGUCUGCGUCUCCCCAUUGAUCUUCACUGUAGCUCAUCAUCCCGGAGAGCUCACUGAAAGCUUUCUCCCAGCUGUAACUGGCGGCUUUGUUUUAGCAGCACCAGAACUUUCUGAAAAAGCUCUGAAGCAUGCUUGCUUGUAUUUAAAAAUGUGCGCGGCAGUAGUCGCUUGUUCUGUCAUGCAGAUACCGCUUUGCUCCCGUAUCUGCUUCAUAAUCCGCUCAGCUGUUCGCACUGCGGGGAAACACUGGGACAGAGCAGCAUCAUGAACUCCAGCUAUAGGGAGAUUUUUCAGCAGCAAAACAAAUAAAGCCAACCUGAAACGAUCAGUGAAAAACAAAGACUGCUCUGAGAGUUUGAAUUAUUAACUGUAUUCAUUGAUGUGUGGUUAAAGACUAUCUUACUCAUCAGUAAGUAGGGGCAGGUCCCGCCUUCCUCACCUCUGAUUGGAUAGAAAGUCUCUCCUACUUACUGAUGAUACUUGCUCACGGGGCGGGACAAGUAUGUCUGAGAGAGGGAGGGCGUCUCAUGAGACCACCAGUAUUGCCAACGGUCUCUGACAGAAAGUAGUUGAAGUUCCCCAGGGUGUCACACCAAAAUAAAAGCAGUGGGGGGUAAAGCUCUCAGCCUGAAAUGCUGUCCCAGUCCAGGCCUGUGCAUGACUGUCUGACUGCUUGUUUUAAGUUUAAAGACUAGUCAAUGCUAGCUUUUUCUAAAAUAUUGAAAUAGCAGAUGUUAGAAAAUAAAACAAAGUACUACUGUAUCCCACUAGUAUGUGUGAAAAUACCCACUGUUGCUGCACCUAAGUUUUUGUUUUUUUUAAUUGUGGGAUCAAAUAAAAUAUUUUUGAAUUGAUUUUAUAUUAUAUUGGGUAGUGUUAGAACAUCAGUGCUUAAUAAUUGUUUUCAUACGUCCCCAAUUAUUCAGCGGGCCACAUGUAGCAACCUGGUUCUUUUAAACACCUGGGGUCCAAAUUAAUUUUGCAUAUUAUAUGUCUGGGCUAUAAUUUGGAGAAAUACGGCAUGUUCUAUGAAGCAUAUUACAUCUAAGAAUAUGAUCUAUGAAGCUAAUUCCAUAACGCAUGAAUAUUAAUCUAUGCAAUUGCAAUGCCUUUGUGUACUUGCCUCACUAAAAUAAUCUGUUAUUUCUGCAUAACAGACCCUUGUUAAGUAUAACAGAUAGACAGACUUCUCAGAUAAGACGAGCAAAGAAAAACUGAAGAAGAAUAUUCACCUUAUGUUUUAUUUCUACCUUCAUUAAAGAGACUGAGAGAAAUUUUGAGGUUAGAUAAAUAACUUGUAACCAGGUACAUGUCUGAAAAUUUCUUUUGUGUAAUGUAUUUUCUUAUUUUUGUUGCAUGAAGAAUCUGUGUAUGUGGACACUCACUAUUUGCCCUCUUUUUCAGGUCCUCAUGUGUGUCCUUUACAAGCAGAGACUCACUGAUAGACGACUCUGUUACCAGUUCUAGGGCUGGCGCACCCACCCACGUCCACACCCCCGGUUUAUGGGAAAAUGAACUGGAAAUGCAAGUUGUGCAACUUCACAACCACAAAAAGAUUAGACCUGCUGAAACACAUCAGGCUAAUACAUGGGCAUUUUGGUCGAGUCCACUCCAUACCCUGCCUUCAUGCAGAUUGCCCUUGCACUAUCAAGACAUGGGGUGCAUUAAGGACACAUUUGUCAAGGCAUCAUUCACAGUCAUCCCAGCCAGGCAACAUCCUUUCGUUCACAUGCAUUGUCUGUAAUUCAUGCUCUUUUGACAAUGAGAGGCAGUUUUUUGAACAUCUUGGUGGCCAUCUAAAAAAGUUUGAAACUGUGCCAUGUGUUUUUGAGGAUUGUGAUUAUAAGGUUAACAAAUAUACAACAUUCCACAGCCACAAGAGUAGAAAACACAACCCACAUUCCUUGGAAGAUUUCAAGACUAAUGUUCUUCAUCAAUACCAAAAGAACCCGGACGAAGAAUGUGACAUUGUUGACGAUGACAAUGAAUGUGGCUCAGUCCUUGAGGAGGAUGAGGACUUAAACAAAAUUAUUAGUAAGAAAGUGGGGCUACUCCUCCUGAAAAUGGAGAGCAUUUUCAAUGUCUCCAAUUCAUGCAUUGACGAACUAGUAGAGGAACUUCAUUUCCUUACAGCAUCUGCAUCUGGUCCCGUCAUUAAAGAAAUAAUUCUGAGCACUUUGAGAAAACAUGGCUGUACAUUGGAAGACUCAGUGAUUUCAGAACUGGUCAAAGACCUUUGCCGGCUAAGCCCUGUCUGUGCUGCUUUAAGAGUGGAAGGGCCUUUAAGCAGUCAGUUCAGGAGAGAGCAAUUUAGAAAGGAGCAUCUCUCAUUGACUGAACCUGUUGAGUACAUACUUGAUAGUACAGAUAAUAAAACAUUUCAGUAUAUACCAAUCCUCCCAUUAUUAUCUCAACUUGUGGACAACAGACACAUUCAAAACACAAUAUUACAAAACAAAAGGCCAGCUGAUGUCUCUUCAGAAUACAAAUCAUUUAAUGAUGGAUCUUUACUAAGAGAAAACAGCUUUUUAUGUGAAGACGAACUUAAACUGCCACUCAUCCUUUAUAUAGAUGACUUUGAGAUAUGCAACCCUUUGGGAACAUCCCGCAAGAAGCAUAAAGUCACAGCUGUGUAUUGGGUGUUUGCAGACAUACCUGCCACAUUGAGAUCUACACUGACUUCCAUUUACUUAACCAUUUUAUGCAAGGCAAAUGAUGUCAACCAGUUUGGCUAUGCAAAAGUUUUGGACCCACUGCUCAAAGAUUUGAAGUCCUUUGAAGAUAAUGGUAUUUUUGUUUCAAGUCUGGGCAAAGUGGUCAAGGGCACUGUACUUGCUGUAGUCGCUGACAAUCUUGGCGCUCACUCAAUAGGCGGGUUUGUUGAAAGCUUUUCAGCUUCACAUUUCUGUCGCUUUUGCAUUGGCGAAAGGUCACAGAUCCAGGAACAUGAAGUAGGAGAAGGACUGUUUCCUCUACGGACUAAGUCCAACUAUGCCAUCCAUGUCAAAGCAGCACUGUCUGAUCCUGCAGAAGCUCACCACUGUGGAGUUAAAAGACAGUGUCCAAUCUCAGACAGACUCAGCCACUUUCAUGCUACAUCAGGUUAUCCUCCAGAUGCUUUGCAUGAUUUGCUUGAAGGGAUUGUACCUGUUGAAAUUUCACUCUGUCUUGAUGUGUUAAUCAGGAAGAAAUACAUAUCUCUUGAGCAGCUCAACCAUUCCAUCCGUUGCUUUCCUUACAAAUGGAGUGACAAAACAAACUGUCCACAACCCAUUGCCCCAAAUUUCACAGCACGAAAAAGUGUAGGAGGUAAUGCACACGAAAACUGGUGUUUGUUGAGAAUGAUACCACUCAUGAUUGGUGACAAAAUACCAGAAGAUGAGCCUGCUUGGGAGGUUUUGAUGACCCUGAAAGAUGUUGUUGAGCUUGUCAUGGCUCCUCUCCACACAGAUCACACAAUAGGAUACAUGCAAAGUAAGAUCUCAGAACACCGUUACAGAUAUUUAGAAGUGUUCCCAGAGGAGAAACUGAGACCAAAACAUCACUUUCUCGAGCACUAUCCUUUGCUUACAACUGUUUACGGGCCACUUGUACAUUUCUGGACUAUGCGAUUUGAAGCCAAACAUCGAUUCUUUAAAAGGAUUGUGAGGCAGACUGGGUGUUUUAGAAACAUCCUCAUGACAAUGGCGAGAAAACACCAAUCGAUGAUUGCGUAUCAUACCCACAAUUACAACCACCAAAGGCCAGCACUGUCAGUGUCCCAGAAGACUCAAGUGGCAGUCGAUGUUCUAAAAGACAGCAUUAAGGAGUCCUUUGCAAGGAAGUUCCCAAGGGAAGACUUUGUGAACAUGACAAAUAAAGCAACCAUUUUAGGCACAGACUAUAAUAUUGGCAUGAUGCUGCCGUUUGGCUCAACAGGAGGCCUACCUGACUUUGCAGAAAUCCAUCAAAUAAUCAUUGUGGACAGAACUCCUGUCUUUGUUCUGAAGUUGCUUAGAGGCUGGUACUGUGAACACCUGAGGAGUUUCAAAGUAGAGCCCACAGGAGAGACAGAAAUCCUUAAACAUUCUGAACUGAAAGAAACAUACCCCAUGGCUGCAUACAAUACAGCAGAUGGCCGUAUGGUGUCCCUUAAACACUUCAUUUGCACAUCAGACUGAGGAAACACAAACCAAACAACAAUGGCAGUCCAGUUAAGAGUCAUUUUAGAAGAACACAGCAUUCAAAAGUUGACACUUCCAACAGGAAUUCCUAAUACAGUGGAAGAUCUUGUUUCCAUAAUUACUGAAACUUUCCAGUUGCAUGGGGAAUUUGAACUGCUAUACCAAGACAAAGACUUUGACAAUCAGUUUUUCAGUGUCAUCUCGACUGCUGACUUGUAUGACAAGGCCACUGUUAAAGUGAUCCUUAAAGAGCCAGUAAUCACCCUUGACUUACAACCAGUAUGUGAAUCAGGAUCAUCGUCUACAUUGAACUCUUCGACUUCAGUGAGCACCCAUCCUGCAAGUACUACUGAAACGGACAUCUGCCCUGCCCAUCAUGAUGCAUCCUCACAGGUGUCUGACUGCGCAUCGUCAAGUUCCAGUGACACCAUCAUUCUCCCUGAUUCAUGUCGCCCUGCUGCGUGGCCAGUGCCAUUUCAAGUACCGGAGUUUUCCCGAGACAUACAACUAAUCCUCACUGAGGCAAACAACUCAUAUCGCAACACUGGAAGACCUUUCAUGGAUGCCAGUGUUAAAUCAGCAAUAAUGCAAGACCUUGCAAAAGUAAUUUUUUCGUACACUGCUUACCCAACCAAUCAGCAGAUCCUCUCAGUGGCUGAAGCCUUGGUUUCAAAGUUUCCGUGUCUUAAGGAGCCAGGAUCAUUUGCCGGCUUAUAUGGCUGGCAGCAGCGCAUAAAAAACAAGAUGCACAAUUACCGUGCCAAGCUAAGAUCUCGAAAAUUUUCUUACCCGGAAAUUGAAAUUAAUGCCUUAAAAAGGAAGCAUCCAGCUGAUGCAGUGCCAUCAAAGAAUGUAAAAAAGCCAAAAAAAGCAGAGGUUAAUUAUCUCCCUCCGCAUCCUACUGGAGAAACACAAGAGACACUGGAGAAAGAAAGGCUUGAAUUAAUUUAUGAAAUAACAAAGAAAAACAACGCAAAGAUAAUUGCAGAUAAAAUGAAUAAAACGUUCUCUAGCCGAAGACUUGAAGUGGUCAGCCUCUGCCCCUCUGUGGGUGAGUUAAAAGAAAGGUGGCCAGCAUUAUUCACUGAGGCUCAGAUCAUCGAAGAGUUCAGACGCAUCACCACAGUUUCUUUGGUGGAGACAUUCAUGCUGAAACUUGAUGAGUACACACCAGGUCUUUUGCAGCUUAUGCGUGCCAAAGGAGGAGCUGCUGGUUCCAAGAUGAGACCUUUGCUGGACACUUUGAAUGAUACACAGAGCAUUGAGAAGAAAAGGGAUGUUGUUAUCUGCUGCCUCAUUAGCUACCUCGGGGAAAGACAAGAAGAUCUUUUUCAUGACUGCCAGGAAUGUGAGGAUUACACAGACAAUAUGAUGAAGGUGAUCGUGAUCCACAACAUCAUGGCUGAGGAGGAUCCAUCAGAUGUGUUCAUUGUGAUUGAGGGAAACCAAGUGAUGGAGGGAUGUGGAAGCCGAACAAAGGCAUGUGUACUGCUGAUGGGACUGAUAUAUGCCCUCAACCUCGAAUAUCCGAAGGAGCUGAAGAACACAUUUGACACUUUUCAAAAACUGUUUUUGGAACUUGACGGGGCGAAACUACUGAACAAGGUCCACGGCCUCAAAAAUAAGCUUAUGCAAUGCACACACAUUUCCCCUCUUGUUCCCAGAGGAUCUUUUGUCCAGACAUAGCUUAAUGGAGCUGUAAUUGUUCUUCUGACAGCAAGCACAGAAACUAUUGAAUGUUGGUGUUAGUGUUCUGUUCUGUCUAUACAUA